GCUUGAGAAGAGAAGGAUAUCUUCUUAUUUUAUUAUAUACUUGCUAAUUUUGUUUUGAGUCCUCUUUCUCCAAUAUUCUUCAUCCGAAUCUCUUGAACUCGAAAAUCCCUCACAUAGCGAACAAACUCUUGUCCUCUUAAUCCAAGAAUUGGUCUUAACUCCUCUAGCUGUGCCUUCGACCCAUCUUGCACUACCCAGUUUCCCUGAAGCUCGCAGUUAUUACUUCAGUGUUACGCUUUUCUGGCAAUGCUUCCUUUUAUACACGAGUUUAUCCCUUAAACAUGUCGUUGGACCUUGCUAAGUGGGAGCUCCCUGGAGACAGCCCAAGCCAACAAGUGCCAGUAGUACUCCUCCUAGCUGCGGCUUUGCUCGGGCUCCUUCUAGCCGUAUAUACCCACGCGUAUGUCUUCGCAACACUGAUCGCGACUCAAACACCCAAUCCUAGAUUGAACUCCUCACUCUCGCGCCGGCAUUUCAGAGGUCUUUCCAUCUUCGUCUUCCAUCGGCUGGCCAAGAUCUAUGUGAUUUCUAUGUUCCCUAUGAAGGAAUUCAGUCCACUGAAGUGCGGCUUGCUCAGCUUCACAGCCGAAUUGCUACUUUCAUACCUGAGAGUAGCCAAUGUGCUCACAAUCUUGCGUCAACAUUCGAAAACACUUCCUCACUCACGUUACAUUCCAACGUGGUCAAUGUGGUCGAAGGCCUUCACAUCUAUCUUAUUGUAUAGCACUGCCUCAAGUAUAUGCUUUUAUCUACCUACUUACUUGAUUCAGCUGGCGGGUUCUUUGAAUGAGCGGCUGGGGGUCUCAGAAACGGUGCAGUUCAUCAGUCUUCUGGGCACUAUUGUGGUUCUUUACUUUGGGAUGGUGGUUCCUACAUAUGCAAUUUUUAUUCGAGUCACCGCCUCUGCCCAAAGAGGUGAGUCGAUGACUAUCAGAGGCGCCUGGCAAGGGUUCCCGUGGUCAUCUCGGGUACACUUUUUCAAGUUACUUGGCGAGGUUCUAUUCCUGGAAGCAGGUGUCACCGUCGUUCUGGUCUUGUCUGUGCUCGGUUUGUGUCAUCCUACUGUGCAUGAUGAUGUCUUUCAAUUAUUUGUCAAAUACUUUGGCUAG